UUGUAGCGUUGUCUCGAGAGUCGACCACCACCGUUAUGGCAGUGAUGGGGCUCACCUAAGUGAGUGUGUUAUCGCGCGAUAUGCACACGGUGCUCUUCGUGCCUGCCGUUUACCUUUUGCUCAUUCUAACCCCGUUCUCAAAUUCCUGGUGGACUGUUGGUAGUUAUUUGGUUAUGGAUCCAAAUCAGACUUGUAAAAGAGCAAACUGGUCCAGAGGAAAAAUGGCAGAUAUUUGCAAUAAUAAACCAGGUUUAUUAAAUCAAAUUACCAAAGGAAUUGCUCUCGGACAAACAGAAUGUCAAUAUCAAUUUAGAUAUAGGAGGUGGAAUUGUACCACAUCAAGAAGAAGUAUAAAAAAAGUUAUGUUAAGAGACACAAGAGAGACUGGCUUCGUAAACGCUAUGAUAGCAGCUGGAAUCACUUUUCAAGUAACUAGGGCUUGUACCAAAGGCGAACAAAUAGGCUGCUCUUGUUCGAAAAGAAAAAAGAAAAAAAAUAAAAAGAAUCGACCUCCCUUGCUAGAAGGAGAAUGGGACGGAUGUGGAGAAAACAUAGAAUUUGGAAUAAAGAAAUCUAAGGAUUUUUUAGAUACAAGAUACAGAAAAAGAAGUGAUAUGAAAACAUUAGUGAAAUUACAUAAUUAUGUAGCAGGCCGAUUGGCGAUAAAAAAAUGUAUGGUGCCAGUAUGCAAGUGUCAUGGACUUUCUGGAUCCUGUACUCUUAGGACAUGCACUCGAAAAAUGCCAACGUUCAGAGAAGUUGGUAAUCGACUUAAAGAAAGAUUUGAUGGAGCUGCAAAAGUAAUAGCAGGAAACGAUGGUCAGAGCUUUAUGCCUGAAGGUGAAACUAUUAAACGUCCAGGUCGUGGUGAUCUGGUCUACUCUGAAGAAUCUCCAUUGUAUUGUGUGCCUAAUAACACACUAGGUUCCUUCGGAACGCAGGGAAGGAUCUGCAAUGACACUUCACAAGGUGAAGAAGGCUGUGGAAUUUUAUGUUGUGGAAGGGGAUACUCAACAUACACUGAAGAAAUUAGAGUUAAUUGUAACUGUACGUUUAAAUAUUGCUGUGAAGUGCAAUGUGAUACUUGUAAGGUGAAUAAAAGAGUAAAUAUUUGUUCGUGAUUUAUUACGGAUAUGACUUUGGAUGAAUGGACUAGUAGCUAAUCUAUUCUAAUCAUUAAAAUUAUAUUUGUAUUGAAUUAGGUAUGAG